AUGAAGCCUUUCAUCGCCGGAAUCCCUCUCGCCCUCUUUGUGGCCGCAAUUCAGGCUUCAGCGGUCGAGGUGGAGGCUCAGGUCGCCACUGCGGACGAGAGACCCGGCGUGAACGCCCAUGAAGCUCGCUCGUUUCCCUUCACAGGCUCCAAGGGUUCGGUCGACGAGGGGAACAACGUCAUCGUACCGGUGAUUAUUCAAAAGCUGCCCGGUCAGACCCCCAAGUCGGGGAGCAAUGUCUGGCAGGCUGCACCUUCCACCAAUGCUUGGGCACCUGAGUCAACCACCACAGAGGUGUGGGAACCUGUCACAGAGACCGAUCCCCCGAAGCCAGUCUCUACAUGGCAGCCGGAACCCCAGCCGGAGACAUGGGAGCCAGUGACCACAUCGGAAUGGAAACCGGCCCCGGAGCCUCAAACGUGGAAGCCGGAGCCGACCAAUACUGUUGCGCCUGUAUGGCAGCCAGAGCCCGAACCCACGACCUGGAAGCCGGAGCCGACCACUACUGCCCCAGUCGUCUGGCAACCGGAGCCUAAGCCCGAGACAUGGAAGCCAGAACCGACAACGACGGCUGUUGCAUGGCAGCCAGAGCCAGAGCCAGAGAACACAUGGAAGCCGGAACCUACAACGACUGCCGCUCA